GCCGGCAGGGGGCGCCGGCGGGAGAGACGCGUCCUUAUAAGCGCGUCCCGGAAGGCGUGUGUUUGUUCAGUAAAAAAAAAAUAACAACGAAGCAAGGGUGAAUGUACGCGAAGAUAGCGGGCGUAUUGGUUAAACAACUCACAGAGAGCUGCAGUGACGGACACAGCCGGGUGUACAGAGGAUCCCACUGAUACAGGAAAGAUUUGCACUUUUCUGCCAGCCGUGGACCACUUGAAGCCGACAUGUCCCAUCGAGGAACUUUAACUGCCGUCAUAACGACGGUGCUGGGAGCGGCCCUGGGCGGGCUGCUCGUCUGGCGAGUUUACCGGACGAAGCGGAAGCGCCUGCCUCCCGUCCAGGAGGCGGACGGUCUUCCGGAGGCUCCGCGUCCUGCGGAGGACGACUCCACGGAUGCGGGGCAUCAAACCGACCAACCAACGCGCCCUCUUCCGAGGGAGGAGUGCCAGGCCGCCCAGUUUCCGGCCACGCCGCUUCCGCCGCCGCCUCCUCCUGUGCCGUCUUCUGACGAGCUGCUCGCUGUGACACCGGUGAUGGUGAGCUCCGAGGAGGAAUGGCAGCGGCUGUGGCCGCUGAUGCAGAAGGAGCUCUCGGUCUUCCCCGUGCUGGGGCUCGACUGCGAAUGGGUAAAGGCCACCGGCGUGUCCGUCAAAGGUCGAGCCUCCGCCGUCUCCUUGCUGCAGAUGGCCACGUAUUCGGGUCUGUGCGUCCUUGUGAGGCUGCUGGCGUUUCGUGGCGGCGGCCAGCAGCCGUUCCCCCUCAGCCUGAUGGAGGUCCUGCGCGACCCGCACGUCCUGAAGGUCGGCGUCGGCUGCUACGAAGACGGCAAGCGCCUGACGCGGGACUACGGCCUGUCGCUGACGUGCACCGUGGACCUGCGCUACCUUGCCUUGAGACAAAGGCAAGCCGUAGUGAACAACGGCCUCAGCCUCAAGUCUCUGGCUGAAGAUCUGCUCAACGUGUCUCUGGAUAAAUCCCUGGAUCUGCGCUGCAGCGACUGGGAGGCGGAUCAGCUGACGCCGAAGCAGAUGAAUUACGCCGCCAGAGAUGCCCAGGUCUCCAUCGCACUCUUCCUCCACCUCCUCGGCCUGGACACGCCCGGCGGCGGCUCUUACUCGGAGCUGGCCGCCCGCUGCCAGGGGCUGGUGGACGCGCCCUUCAGGAGCCGAGGGGACGCGGAGGACAGGGCGCCCGACGGCAGCGGCGAGAGGAGGCGCAGGGCGAGGAAACCGGCCGCUUUUGAAAGCCCGGAGUCGUCUGGAGAUCAACAAGUCCCAGACCCUCGAAAGAACCGGAGGAAGCCGCUGGGAGUGGGCUAUUCUGCCAGGAAGUCUCCUCUCUACGACAACUGCUUCCUGCACGCUCCCGACGGCCAGCCUCUGUGCACCUGCGACAAGAAGAAAGCCAAAUGGUACCUAGAUAAAGGAAUAGGAGUGCUCCAGAGCGAAGACCCCUUCGUGGUGAGGCUGCUGUUUGAGCCGUCGGGACGUCCCGAGUCGCAGCAGGACUACUACCUCACGGCCAAGGAGAACCUGUGCGUGGUCUGCGGCAAGGCGGAUUCCUACAUCAGGAAGAACAUCGUGCCCCACGAGUACAGGCGCCACUUCCCCACCGAGAUGAAGGACCACAACUCCCACGACAUCCUGCUGCUCUGCACCAGCUGCCACGCCGCCUCCAACGUGCACGACGGCUUCCUGAAGCAGCGCCUGGCCGAGGAGUUCGCCGCGCCGCAGGGCUGCGAGGAGGGCGUCCGCCCGCUGGAGGACUCUGACCGCCGGCGGGUGCGCUCGGCGGCGCGGGCUCUGCUCACCGCCGGGGAGGCGCUGCCGCAGCAGCGGCGGGAGGAGCUGCAGGCUUUGAUCAAGGGCUUCCUGGGGGAGGAGCGGGAGCUGACGGAGGAGUCGCUGCAGCAGGCCGCCGGCCUGGAGACGAGGAUCUUCAACGAGGCGUACGUGCCUCACGGCCUGAAGGUGGUGCGGACAUGCGCCGAGCAGGGCCUGCGGGGCCUGAUGGACCUGGAGCGCCGCUGGAGGCAGCACUUCCUGACCGCCAUGCGGCCCCGACACCUCCCCCCCCUCUGGUCCUCGGACCACAACCACAGCAAGUUCCUCCGCAAGUACGGAGAGGACCUGCCCAUCAAACUCAACUGACUGACCGGCAGUCUUCUGUUGUGAACUAAUAAUCUACCAGCGAAACUGAAAGUGUGUGUGUGUGUGAGAGAGUGUGUGCGUGUGCGUGUGUGUGUGUGUGUGUGCACUCGUUCUGUGUUGGGCGCUGGAUGCCGUUUUCACUCUUGGGUUCUGGUGCCGGUGUGGAGCCGCUAGGUUGCCACCUGGAUCCUGAAUGAACUUGGAGCAGAGGCUCCACUAGUGGGGAGAAAACCACUCGACAUGAUGUGAUUGCAUAUGAACACUUUUCUUUUUUUUAUCAUGAAAAAUGUAUAAUUAUUUAUGAAAAAGGUUGAAAAAAAAUAAUUGAAUUUAAGAAAUGAUUUUUAGAGGAAGCUGCAGCCUGCUCUUAAUCCCGCCCCCCUUAAUUCCCCCCCCCCCCCCCUUCCCCUUCGUGCAGGUUUGCAGCUGUCGGUCUGAGAAUAGAAGCGUUGCCUUGCAGAGGGUCGCCCCAACGGGGGACCUCACCUUUUCUGGCGUCCCACCCUCCUCUGUUGGGGGGGGGGGGGUUUCCGGUCUGUCGUCUGUUUUAGGUCGAUAGACGGAAGUUUCCCAGAAGCACCCGGGGCGUAAAUGUGUCCCAGACGUUGGCCGUCUCGGUUCAUCAUUUCAAAACUGUUUGUCUACGCGGUGCUGCCGGUCCUCCCCGAGGGAGGGGGGGGGGGGGGACAGCUUCCUGGCUCGUGUUUUAAUGUGCCUCUUAAUCCCCGAACCCCCCAACGGAGGGCCGAGCCGCGUCUGCACUUUACAGCAGUUUCUCUCACCAUGACGUCGUUUCUACACACUCCCGAAGGUGCACAGUGAAAAAGAAAAGAGGUCGACGACGUAGAAAAGCCCCUUUUUUUUUUCUUGCGAGGUCGAGUUCUGGCUUCUCGCUCGAUGGUUCUUCACAGUUCAGCUGCUCGGUCUCUUCUCCCUGACGCUGUUCUGUUUUCCUAAAUGGUGAAUGAUGCAAAAGUAAAUUAAAAAAAAUCAUGUUUAUUAAUCUUGUGACUUGUUCUUUGUCAAAAUGAGUUAAAAAUAAAUCAAUUUAAAAACACAACCACGAUAACUUUUUUUUUUUUUUUAAAUGUUUUAUUUUUUACAAAAUCACAGUUUAAUAAAUAGUCUGUAAAAAUGAGUACAAAAGCGUUUUUCUUAACAUUUCAUAUAUGAAUCACUCGUGACCCUCAGGUCAAGGAGUCUUCAGUUGGACUUUUUUGUCAGGAAUGACUCAUUUUUUUAAAAGUAUUUUUACAAUCUAGUUUUGCUGAAUUAAGGCCUCUUGAUUUUGGCAUCGGAACAAUCUGUUAUUCAAAUGUUUUUUUUCUUCGUAUUCUACGUCGACUCGUGUAGAGUUAUGAGCUCUCCUGGUUUUCACAGUUCAGUCAGGAAAAUUAAAUAAAACACAUUUACAAAUAAAUACCAAAAUGGCUCAACAUGCAGAUGUGAUCCCUUUUUGUCCGAAAAUGUGACGGCGUUUGACACGGACAAAAUGCAACAAUAACAGUGGCACAUGACGCUUAUAUGACACUCCGGGAUUAUUUAGGUCUUCUUUUUUUUCUGAGGAGA